AUGUUAGCAGCCUGCUCUGAGGCCAGUGGGCUAUGUAGGGAAAACAGUCAGAAAAUACACUGGAUGCAGGGUGGCCUUAAUAUGUUGGGAUCUAGAAGGCAGAGAGCAGCCUCUGGAUCUCCCAAGGGGGUUGAUAUUUCCUCCUGGAAUCCCUGCCAUUGCCACAUCCCUACCCUGACCAGCAGCCUAGCCCCAGCCCUGCACACUCCAGAUGGAAGUGGGAACAGCAGAGGCUGGAGAGGAAAGCCAGCAAAUGGGCAGUGGGCGGAGCCUCCUACUCAAGUCUGGCCUGGCUGGAAGGGGAGGGGGCUGUGGGACCGGGCGCGUCAGAUGCCAUCAGCUCAGCGGGGACCUUUAAAGUCGCUGUGCUGCCAGGCGGGCCAGGGUGUCUGCAGCAGUCCCCUGCCUCCUCUUCGGACGCCUCCUGCCUCUCACCUGGGCUGCCUGUCCUGGGUAUGA